AUGCUGCGGUUCCUGCGCAGGACCUUUAGCCGGCGGUCGAUGCAGCGCUACGGGCGAGGAGCAGGGCGCGGAGCCGGGCGGGGUGGGCUCGGCGGCGAGGGGGACGAGCGGGACGGGGGGCUGCUAGGAGGAGCCGCCGCCGCCGCCAGUUCAGGAGGCUUCCCUUCCUCGCCGCACCCCGGAGGAGUCGUGCACAGUGCCGGAGCCCCCGUCCACAUCCCGGCUGCCGGCGGCAGUAAACCGGUGCUGCAGUGCCGCGUCCUCCUGCUGGACGGGACCGAAGUCAACGUGGAGCUACCGAAAAAUGCAAAGGGACAGGAGUUGUUUGACCAGAUUGUCUAUCAUUUGGACCUUGUUGAAACUGAUUACUUUGGCCUGCAAUUCAUGGAUGCUUCCCAGAUUACACACUGGUUGGACCAUUCAAAAUUCAUUAAGAAGCAAAUAAAAAUUGGACCUCCAUAUACAUUGCAUUUUCGAAUUAAGUACUACUCAUCAGAACCAAACAACCUUCAUGAGGAGUUUACAAGGUACCUGUUUGUAUUACAGCUUCGACAAGAUAUUCUUUCAGGGAAACUGAAAUGCCCAUAUGAAACUGCAGUUGAAUUGUCAGCUCUGUGUCUUCAAGCUGAACUGGGAGAGUGCGAGCUCCCAGAGCACACACCAGAACUCGUGUCUGAAUUCAGGUUUGCACCAAACCAGACUGAAGCCAUGGAAUUUGACAUUUUUCAGAAAUGGAAAGAGUGCAGGGGAAAGAGCCCGGCUCAGGCUGAAUUGUGCUACUUGAACAAAGCUAAAUGGCUAGAAAUGUAUGGUGUAGAUAUGCAUGUAGUUAAGGGAAGAGAUGGUUGUGAAUAUGCUCUUGGACUGACACCAACAGGAAUAUUGAUCUUUGAAGGAGCCAACAAAAUAGGCUUGUUCUUUUGGCCUAAAAUCACAAAAAUGGACUUUAAAAAGAGCAAACUAACGUUUGUGGUUGUAGAAGAUGAUGAACAGGGCAGGGAGCAAGAGCACACGUUUGUUUUCCGGUUAGACAGCGCCAAAACCUGCAAGCACUUGUGGAAGUGCGCGGUGGAGCACCACGCCUUCUUCAGACUGCGAGCCCCGGCGAGUGGUAAAUCCAGUCGAUCCGACUUGAUAAGGCUGGGAUCACGCUUCAGAUUCAGCGGGCGAACGGAGUACCAAGCGACACACGGGACGAGGCUACGCAGGACCAGUACGUUUGAAAGGAGGCCCAGCAAGAGAUAUCCCUCUCGAAGGCAUUCAACCUUUAAGGCAAACAAUCCAGUGAAGGCAGCACAACUGUGUGCUAAAAAUACACCUGAAGUCCAUAACUACCAGCCACAGUAUCAUGCUAAUAUACAUCCUGGUCAGCCACACUGGCAUCCACACACACCUGUGAAUAUGAGCUAUCCCUUGAACAACAGUGAUCUGCACCAGUUCAACAUUGAGGAGAAUGGUGGAGUACCAUACAGUGCAAAAAUGCCUGCAAGGCACCACCACCACCGCCACCACCACCACCACAUGAAUUAUGGCCCCCUUGCUCCCGACAGCAAAGACAUUGUUUCUGGGAUUCCAAACCCAAACAAACUGAGCUCAGGACUUCCCCUUCUUUAUGAUGAAACUUCUCAUCUGAAGAAAAUAGAAACGGAGAGUGUGAAGGUAGUUGGACCAUGGCCAGCCCUGCACAUCAGCAUGAACAAGGGUGAAGAGAAGAAAGUACCUGAAAAGACUCUUCAUUCCCCUGUGUCACCCCCAUCUGCACCUGACCACAUGAAGUGUAACAUCCUUAAAGCUCAAGUGGAAGCUGCUUUUAGAGUGGGCACCCAGGCUGUGAAAGAAGAAACCUCUUUCGUAAAUCCCAGUAAGACCUCCACCCUGCAGGACCCUAAUGUAAGAAGCCCAACUCCAGUGAGACCUGAAACUGCUCCAUCAACUGGCCCUACAGAAAAGCAGGAGGUUAAAGUUUCUCGUGUGAGGAAGUUAACAAGGCAGUACAGUUUUGAUGAAGAUGACCUUCCUCCAGCACUGGCAGCAGCAGCAGCAGCAACAACAUCAACACCUGUGUCUUCAGCAUCUCCUGGGUCACAGAAAACAUGUACACCACAGGCAUCAGAAGGACAAACACAGGUUUCACCUGGUGGCAAGAGUUCCACAGAUGCUGGGAGUGCAUUUGCUUUGGAGCCAGGUGACCUCCUGAUGGAUUUCACAGAGGCCACACCUAUGAUAAAGACAUUCCCUGCUGAUACAUCUAAUCCUUUUUUCGAUCCUUUUACAACAGUACCACAGUUUUCUGCAGAAUUUACAGAGAGCAAAUUACAAUGCUGUGCAGCACAGUCAUCUCCUAAGAUAGCACUGGUGGCUCCAUCCCCUGGGCUGAGAACUUUGGCAGAGACUAUACCGACCCCAACGGUCCAGACAAUAUAUACGUCGCACAAACCGAUUUCACUGGCAGACAGUGCUGAGACCCUGAGGCGUGAACUUGAGAGAGAGAAAAUGAUGAAGAGACUGUUGAUGACAGAAUUGUGA